UAAUCAUAUAGAAUAUAUUAUCCGUGUAACUAAUUCUUAAUUUUUUUCUCAGCUGAACGCCUGAACAUCACAAUUUCACAGUUACAAAAUACUUGAACAUUUUUGUUUAGUUUUUCAAUUUUUUUCCACUGUCAUUUGAAUACCAAUCAAUAUUAAUUUAUAAACAUUUGAAAGUACCUAAGAAAAACUCGAAAACUGUGUUUUCAUUAAGGCAUCCGUUCAAUAAAAAUGUCAUUGAUAAUAAAAACUGCGACAAACAUUUGGGAAAUGGAAAAAGGAUUUGAUAUUAUUUUAUUUAUUGAUAAAAACGAUGUCUACAACAGAGACUACUGGAAGGACGAAUGUUUUCGUCGCAUUAAUGACAAAUAUCCAUUCCAAAAGUUGUUCAAGACGAGUAUUAUAAACGUGUCGGGAAAAUCGUGCGCGCUCGUGUAUUCGGUGUACGGCGAGUCGAUAUGCUGUUUGUUGCUCAACUGGCAGCGACAUCAGCGGAAAAACGAAACCAACAACUCAAAACACAGCUACAGCAAGGAGAGGAAGAAAAAAAGAGCCGACAGCACUGCGUCCGACGUCGAAUGCGGACUGCGGACAAUCAGGGACCGAUUGGUCGGAUACCGGUAUUUGGCGGUGCAGCGCCGAGCGCGGCCGGUCGCGUACGAUUUCGAACUCAUUUUCCGGACGGUUUUCCGCGGAGGCAGUGGCGAAUUGUGGCUGUGCGGCCAGCGGAGGCAUUUUCCGUCGCCCCGUGAACGCGUUAGGUUAGGAUUAACCUACAAGCGCCGCUUCAAGGUUAUCACUAAAAAUAACGCCAUCGAUCGCAAAUCGUCGAAUAAAAUAAUAUUACCAGUUGUGACGACGUUUACCCCGAAAUCGGCAUCAGCGAUACCGGCGAUAACAAACACCAUCGAACUGCUGCUAUCCGACAACGAUUACGAGAAGACGACUAUGCAACAACCAAAUAUACCAGUAAUUAAAACGAUACCUGAAAAUGUUUGGGAAUUAGACACAGACGUUGACAUCAUUUUAUUUAUCGACAUGGACCUCGUGUACACGGACGAUUGGAAAGACGAAGUGGUGGAACAUGUCAACGAUCGUUAUCCUUUCAAAGAUAGGUUGUUGGAAGACAUACAGAUCAUGCCAAUGGGCUCAGGCACCGUACAAAUAUAUCGGCAAAACGGGGUGUCGAUAUUUUGCAUAUUCUUUAGCAACCGCAUGACCACCCUCAGCGACUGGAUGGAAGACGCGCUGAUCGACAUGAAAAGAUUCUUAGCGGGUCACAUACAGCUGGCCAUCCAACAGGACCUGUCCCUCUCAGAGUUUCAAUCGAGUGUUUACAGUAAUCUGUUUAAUUUUUUCCAAUCGGUGUUCACAUAUGAUAAAGUUGUGAUUUGGUUUUGUGGCAGUGGUGAUGUAUAGUGCUCGUGAGUGGGAAAAGAGGGGGGGAAUCAAUAUAUAGGUAUAGUAUAUUUUGUGAAUUUCAAAUGUAUCUUUAACAGUUAUAGAUUCCAAUAUUUGAAUCAUUUUUUUUAUUUAUUAUUUUGUAUAACGAACAGAAUUUUUAAUGUUUUUGCCUGAUUGAGUGUCUUUUAAGUUUGCCUGUAUAAAUAUAUUGAGCUAUAAUCUAUAGGUGCCAUUUUUAGCAUUGUUUACCUGCUGUAAUAUAAGUACUCCCAUCUGAAAUCUUUCUGUACGAAUUAAAUGUAAAUCCAUUUUUUAUAAUAUUUUACCUGUAAAAAUUUGUUGAUAAUUAAAAUGAAAAUAUAUACAUUUUGUUGAAAAUA